CCCUCUCUCUCCCUCUCUCCCCAUCCCGCUCUCUCCCUCUCUCCCUCUCUCUCUCCCCAUCCCUCUCUCUCUCUCUCUCUCCAUCACAUCACGGUUUCAUUCAUCCGUGUGCUCCUCCAGCUCGUCGUCCAGCCUCGCGCCAGUCAGCGUUGCAGUUUAUCAAAGCCACACUGAGCUCCAGAGACCGUGAAGAACCAACCAGAGAGAGACAGAGUGUGUGUGAGGCAGCGUGUGUGUAAGGCAGCGUGUGUGAGACAGCGCGUGUGUGUGAGGCAGCGUGUGUGAGACAGCGCGUGUGUGUGAGGCAGCGUGUGUGUGUGUGUGUGAGACAGCGUGUGUGUGAGGCAGCGCUCUUCCUGAAGACCAGAACAUCAGGCAGAACGUUGAGAUCAGCCCGAGAUCAGAGGAGAUCUUGGCAAGUUCCAGCGACGCUGAAGAGACCUGAGAUCAGGUUCUUCUGAGAAGCUCUGAAUAUCCCAUGAGGAGACGAUGUGGCAGCCUAAUGAGAGUCAGUACUGCAAUCCUACGGCAAAUCAGAUAAUAUGGCGAAUGUGUUAGAGCCCAUGGCAUGCCCACGGCAGUGACUGCACAGAACGAGUGCCUACUUCUUCCUGCCUGUUUUAAGGACUAAAGAAUAUCCACUUCCUUUUUCCACAAUUUCUCUUCAUCAUGAAGAUGAAGUCAUACGCCCCAUCCUCUCCCAGCAUUGCCCUCCUGCUGUUUCCUUCUCUUCUCCUGCUAUUUUCAGCACCAGACCUCGUCUGUGGUGAUUGCUGGCUCAUCGAGGGGGAUAAGGGCUACGUAUGGCUGGCCAUCUGCAGUCAGAACCAGCCGCCGUAUGAGACAAUCCCACAGCACAUCAACAACACCGUGCAUGAUUUACGGCUCAAUGAGAACAAGCUCAAGGCUGUAUUCUUCUCCUCACUGAGCCGCUUCACAAACCUCACAGACCUCAACCUGACCAAGAACGAGAUCUCCUACAUUGAGGAUGGUGCCUUCGCUGGCCAGGCUAACCUCCAGGUACUGCAGCUGGGCUACAACAAACUGACCAAUCUGACGGAGGGCAUGCUGCGAGGCCUGGGACGCAUACAGUGCCUCUUCCUGCAGCACAAUCUCAUCGAGGUCAUCGCCACGAAUGCCUUCUGGGAAUGCCCCAGCCUCAGCAGUCUGGACCUAUCCUCUAACAAGCUGGCUCGAUUAGACUCGUCCACGUUCAGAGUGUUGGGAAGGCUGAUGGUAUGUGAGCUGGCAGGUAACCCUUUUCACUGUGGCUGUGAUCUCUACAGCUUCCUUGUUUGGCUGGAGGCCUUCAACAAUGUCACACACACCUAUGAUCGACUACAGUGCGAGACUCCACGGGAGCUUUUCGGCUACCCGUUGCUAAGUCCCAUAGGAGGACCUGGUCGAAGCGCUCUCAACAUCCUUGCCUCCAUGUGCAGAGAUGGAGUCUUUAUUCCAGGGAUGACUUCAUUGCCACCAGAUUUGGAUUCCUCAGGCAUGGGGCCUGACAUGUUUGAUCGUAUUGGACCGUACCAUCAGCCCACAACCUCAUCCUCCUCUGAGAACACAUUUAGCCCCAGUAUCAUACUGCAGCAUGUGUCUCUUUCUUCAGCGUCCUUGCUCGUGCAGAUACCGCGGCCCUACAGCAAGAUGUAUAUCUUAGUACAGUACAAUCAGAGCUUUGUUUCUGAUGUGAUGAACCUGAAAAACAAGAAGGAGUUGAUUACGCUAAACAAGCUCAUACCAAACACCAACUACACUUUUUGUGUGGCCUCCAUACGCAACUCACAGCGUUUUAACCACACAUGUCUUCACUUUUCCACUCGGACUCCCACUACAGAUGACUUGCUUCCCACCCCAUCCACUACUACACAUUACAUUAUGACCAUUGUGGGCUGCUUGUUUGGGAUGCUGAUUGUUCUCGGCCUGGUGUAUUACUGUUUGAGGAGGCGUCGAAGGCAAGAAGAGAAAGAGAAAUCAAUUUGUGUGAAAAAGACCAUCCUAGAGAUGCGGUAUGGACCUGAGGUUGCAGCUGCAGCUGCCAAUGAUCCAACAGCAGUGCAGAAGCUCCAUGAGCAGGCCCACCACCAGCAUCACCAUGGCAAGCUUCCCAUGUCCUCUUCCAGCUCAGGCAUGCUGGGUCAUGGCCCUGGUAAUACCACUUCCUUGCGUCUCUCCACCAUUCCUCAAGUAGAGAAGCUGGCCACGGCCUUCUCUGAAGCAAUGGCAACCAAGGGCAACUACAUGGACGUUAGGACAUCAGGAGCAGGAGAUGAGAGAGGGCGAGAUGGAGUAAGGCAGACUGUUAGACCAGAAGACCUAAUGGAGGAAGAUGGAAGUGACCUGGGAGAUGACUCAGAUGAUGACGAUGGUCGAGGGUCAGCAUCAGAGAUCUCUACUAUUGCAAUGGAAGUUGACAAGGUUAACCAGAUCAUUAAUAACUGCAUUGAUGCACUUAAACUUGACUCUGUAGCAGCUGCAGUGUCCUCCGCUGCCACAUCGAGCGGAAAUCCCACCUCACCACCACCUAGUAGCACCUCCUCCAUAACCAGGGGGUUAAUUCCACUCUCACCCAGUGUCGGUGAGGUGUGUCAGGUCCUGCCCUCCCCAAAAAUCCCUCCUCCACCUCCUCUGCCUCUAACAGCUCCCCUUUCUGAAAGGCCAGGGAUUACAGGAGGAGGCUUUGUAUCACCUCCUUAUCGCCCUCCACCACCAGCCACCGCAGUGAGACCUAUUCAACGACAGAUGAGUGCCGAUGCAGCUGUGAUCGUCAGCUCUUCUAAGAAGCAUUGUGGCCCUGCUGGUGGAAAAGCUCGGGUGUACAGCUUGGAUGUGCCAGAACCACGCAGUCCUGAUCCCUGUCAGUAUCCUGAGAAGAGUAGUCCAGUCCGGUGUGGGGAACCUCUGGAUAGGUUGCCCUUAGUUGGUGGUGGUGGUGGUGUAGGCUGUAACAUGGAUGGAGUCACUGUGGAUGGCGUGAGCCUUCAGCAGCACCUGGAGGUACAUCCAGACUUCCACUGUGCAGAGCAUCGUCACUCAGUCCCUGCCCUUUACUACGAGGGCUCCCAUGAAUCCCCUGCACAAAGAGCCUCUUUCCUCAAACCCCUAUCACGUGCCAAGAGAGACGCUGCUUCUUAUUCUCAGCUCUCGCCCCACCAACACAGCUACUCGGGGUACUCGUCCAGUCCCGAGUACUCCUCCGAGAGCACACUGCGAAUCUGGGAGCGCUUCCGUCCGUAUAGAAAGGGUCCACGUGAGGAAUCCUGUUACAUUACAGCUGGAAAUGCACUGCGCAAGAAGGUCCAGUUCGCAAAAGGGGAGGAUCUACAUGACAUCCUGGACUACUGGAAGGGUGUGUCAGCACAGCAAAAUCUGUGAGCUAUGAAGCAGUGGGGAUCUAAAGCACCGGUCUUCUACGGUGCCUGAAUCGUUUCAAGAUCCUCUGCGGAGAUGUAGCCAGAAGGAUGGCUAGUGUGUACAAAGCAAGGUUGAGUAUGUCAGGGUCUGAGGACAAGUUGUACAGGAUGAGUCAUCAGAGAGCCGGAGGGAGGGAGAGAGUGAGACUCACAAUACAGCCCAAGUCUAUGGUAGCAUUAAUUUAAAUCUAAUUUUAGACUCGUAAGCUGAGGCCAAUUCAUGUUUGAUGAAGUUGUUCCAUAGGGCAUAUCAUUUGUUAUAAAAUAAUUGUGUUUGCCCCGCAUUCAUCUGUGAAUCCAUUGUUUAUACCGAUGGCGAGACCUCUGUAUCGUGAGUUCUCAUUCAGCCUCAGAAACCCCGUGCAUGUGUUCCAUCUCCCACAUGAUUCACCGGCACUGCAUUCAUUUCUGAAUUAACCAUGUGUGUGUUCGGAGGCUGUGCUGAUUUUCUAUAAAGCUGCCAAAACCAGACUUUUUCAUCUCUGUUCCAGAGCUGCCAGAUUUCCAUUUCAAUAGAAUUUCAAAAAAAGGAAAGAUAAGAAAGGAGGAGUACAAAAUAUGAAAAAUAAACCAGUAGAAACACCCGAGAGAUCUUCGGCAGUGUCAGGAUCUUUUGCCAGCUGCAUGAACAGGAUGAUAUUUAAAUAAAGGAAAUGUCAGACAAAUUCAGGCCAAGACCGCUACAAUACCACUGUACAGGAGUGCUAGCUGCGAGAGAAAAACAGUCCCAGUUCUUAUUAAAUACACAUACAAAAUACAAUCUGAGAUUAAAAAAAAAAAAAAAAAAGAACUCCCCAAUAUACUUUAAUAAUAUAAAUGACAACUUUAAUUCCUUAACUCCACCUCCAGCCCUUCUAUUUUCAGCCAUUAUUUAAUUAAUGUCCAGUUUGAUUAGGUUAAUUAAUUAGCAAUUAACCAAAGCUGUUUUGUGUAGUGUGUGGGAACAGCCAAGACUUCUAAUUUGAUUAAAAAGGAUCACUCUGUCCUCUCCAUUCUCUACCCUCGUUUAACCUACAACAUCAUGGUUCAGUAAGCCAAAAAAUUAGAUUAGUGACAUAGAGGGAUUAGUAUAGUGUAUGUGUAUCAACAGCACUACAGAAGUGUACAAGAAGCAUUUAAUCCACUGAAAUACUUCAUCCUGAGCAUGGAUCCUUAAAGAUUUUGUUAUAUAACAUGAUGAUGUUCUCUCACAUCCUGGACAUCCUGGAUGAUGAUAAUCAUAAUGAUAAUAAAAUAUAUGAUAGAUAUGAUAAAUCAUUCCAUUACUGCACAGGUUUUAAUAGAUAAGUCAUUGAAGAGCCGUACGAUGACGUCAGUAAUAGCUGUAAGGUGUUUAUGUUCUCAGAAUCCACUCUCUGGUUAUUAACAGGAUCCAUCAUCAGUGAGACGGCUUCUGAACUCACAAACCUUCACAACAUCGUCACUGUUCAUCUCAUGAUUCUUUCACGUACUGUGUUCUUUACUUUUGUUUGGUGUUGCAUCAUGAGCAUGAGAUCUUACUCCGAAUUCACACCGGAAAACAGGAGCGUUAUUAAUAAAACUAACCCCUAAAUGUACAGCAGUGUUGAAGAACCAUGGGGAAUGAGAACAACAACAGCUGGGCAGCUGUAAUUACAGCACAGCCCAAUUAAAACAUCAAAACAUGACAUGAGUCAUUGGUAUUUCACGGCCAUGAAAUAAAUAUAUUAAUUCGUGACCACACAUCAUAAAAAAUAACCAUGUCACCUCAGUGGUUCAGUAGAAGUGUGUGAUUUGAAAGAAUCUUUUUGAAGCUAAAGCUUCAAACACGUGCAAAGAAUUAUAGACGUGUAAAAAAAAGUGCGGCAGGACGGCUGGCCUCGUGCCUUACGCCGGUUAGAAAGGAAGCGUCUCUGUCCGGUGUGAAUUGGCCUUUACAAAAGUGUAAAUACAAAACAUUCAUUUAAAUCUAUAUACAUCUAAUUAUCUCUCACUCUCUCUUCCUGGAGUUUAACAGUCGAUAGUGUGGGAUUUAGGAUUCAGAGCUGGAAGUAAAGUUUGCUCCUAAACGUUUACAAAAGCGUUCGUAGAAAAGUUCACACCUGAAGGACGAGCAAGCAUCAUGGAUAUGAAGAGGCCUGUACCUGAGACUAAAGAGGGAUUUACACUCACACACACACACACACACACACACACACACACAAUCAGUGAAAAUGGAGAAACAACCAAGAAAAAUCCAUCCGCCGUCCAUCAGCCGUGUGGUUACUGAAACUGAGCGAGUGGAGGAGGAACUGCUACCGGAGGCUUACUGUGACAAACUUCCUGCUCAUUUUCAUUCCUGCUUUAUUUCUACACUGAGGAAUGAACUACAGUCAGUCCACAUUCACGCAUGACUGUAACGUCUGAUAGAUCCAUUUAUUUUUUGCCUCUUUUCCCUUUUCAUUCCUGUAAAAAUCUGUUAUCCAUCUCUGAUGUUAAUUUAAAUUUGAUUAUCAAAAAAGAUAAUUCAUGCAUUCUUUUAGGGUAAUUUUAUUAUAAUAAUUAUUCAUAAAGAUGUAUAUUGAUUGCUUGUUUUGGUUGUGAGAUGUUCGUCAGUGCUCUCCUGCUCAAGGCCGUUUAACAUUUUCUCAUUAAAACAUGACACACAUAAAGCCCAGGCCAAAUUAACACAUUAAAUGAUGUUUUCUCUGCAGAUUUCAUCAUUAAUCCAGCUGAAUAAUCCUCGCAGUGUCUCUCCAGUCAUCUGCUGUAGUUUUAUAGAUUUUUGCAGCGUGUUGUUCUCGCUCAUCUCCGGCGUUUAAAUCUGAAUUAUACGUCAUGUUUUGACCGGAGAGAAGUCCGAGUGUUCACCUGGGAAUGUUCAUAGUGGAUAAUUACUCGAGCCGGUCAAAUGUCAACGGUUUGUUUUCUGCUCUGUAACACUGAGAUGAUAAUUACACGCUCCAGGCUCGGCUCGUUUUCCCCGAACAACACGACCUUACUCGCUGGUCAGGGUCAAAGCAAAGAGACUCACAAUUACAGCUGGUUUUGUGCUAAAGAAUAAACGCAUUUCUCACAGUUAGGAUAAAAGCAGAAUAAUUACACGCAUGGUUAAGGCUAGAUGAGUUUAUCGUAGACUUUUUUACGAGUAGCUGUGACCUGGUGUGGUAAUGUUUGUCAGUAAAUUUGUACAAACUUCAUGCUUCAUCACAUUUCUAAAAGUCCACAUGCAUGCACGCUUUUAAUUUAAACAUCACUCAGGUCCUGUGUGUGUAAUGAUGUUUGAUGGUGAGAUGAUCUGAGGAGGUUUCAUGUGGAGAAUUUUAUAAUAUUAUUGUCGCAAAGUUAUCAGUUUCAAGGAACGAUAUUAUUUUUCAACAAAUUUUACACUUUAUUGCAUCAAUGUGCUAAAAGUCACAAAUGAAAAUUCCCUAAUGUGCAAUCAACACAAUGACGUUACUAAUUAUUACAGCAACGAGCCACGACUGACUUUAAAAAGAAAAUUAAAGUUAUUUGGCAACUUUUGGUUUUAAGCCAACAAAUUUAAAUGGCCUAUUUGCUAAAAGAAGAAUCUUUAUCUUUCAUUGAGCUGAAUUUGCAAAGACUAAUUUAAAUUUAGCUUCUUGUUCCACAGAUAGGACUGAUGUGAGAACUGUGUCAGAAAAACACACAGCAAAAAGCAUGAAGUAAAAACAUGAUGCACAAACACAAUCACAUUCCCAAAAAAUGUUUAGCUUUCUACACAAUGUACAAAUUUUUAACACAUUUUAGCUUCAGAAAGUGGAACUUUGUGAGAGACGGCAUUCUGAGUAAAGUAGCUAUGAAGUCCUGUAAAAAAAAAUCACCAGCAUGUGGCCAAAAUAUAAAAUGAGUUGAUUCUGAGGAAUCAAAUUAUAAAAUACACUUUGGUUUGUUUGCUAAUGAGCGUAAUCUUUUCUUAAAUAUGAUUUAUUAUAUUGUCUAUAAUCAGGAGCAGUGUGGUAUAAAUGCGCUAGCAGAACUAAAAAGACAUUAAUAACAUUUGAUUUUUGGCUCCACAUCAGAUUAUUUGCUAAUUAUUAAUGUCUUAAAUGGGAUUAUUUUGGAUUUUAAUAGAAGCGAACACAACAGCACCACCAACAGGUUGUAAUAUAAACACAGAAUGGGGUGAAGAAGCGAGAAGCGAGGCUGGGGCUGAUUUCUUUCUCACCCAGACUCUAGAGUCACGUCACAAAGCCAGACGAGAACUAUGGACUCGAGACAGUUCAAAUUUUGAAAUCACGCAAGCUCCUAACAAUUUUAAGUGUGUGUAUGUGAUCCAUCGCUCAACACUAAUAAUUUCAUAAGAGUUAGUGAUAGAUUUUAGUUUUUAAUAUCGCCUAUUUUAAGAAAUGAAUAUCACUCGAAGGUAUUUGAUGAGUCAGCUCUGGCGAAAUCCGAAGCAGGAACAGAGUGACAGUAAUCACUGUAAUAUUCCAUAAAGCAGAAAGUGGAUUAAUCUUCCACGGCAGUUCAUAACACUUUAGAAGCUCCUUAUCCAUGUCACUGUACAGAAGAAGAAACAGAGUCAGUGCUGAGAAACACGCUUUUCAUUCAGAGUCCACCUUUAAUUCAAAUACAAUUCAUUGCAGUUAACAUUAAAAAACAAAGAUAUCCGCUUCAUCCCAUGUUCCUGCGCUAAGUGACGGCAUUAUUGAUGCAAAAAUCCUUAUUUUUUUAGACUGAUGAGGAUAAUGAGAGGCUGUCUCGCAGGACCUUACUGAGCUUUAACGUGCCGAUCUGCUCUUUGUUCAAAUUCAAAAGCAGAAUGCUGAGGAGUUUCCUGAAGCCGGGAUAAUUGGGAUUCUUUUAUGGAGGUUUAAACUUCUCUCUCUCUCUCGCUCUCUCUCUCUCUCUCUCUCUCUCUCUCUCGCUCCUCCUCGGCGAUGGAAAGAGAAAAGUGUCCCUCUGGCCAAGGGCCGUAUUUCCUUCUGAUGUUUACAGCGAGCUUCUCAGUUUCUCAUCAGACGUGUGGGUGUGUUGGAGGAUGUGGUGGGAAAGUAAAGUGGGACAGAACACAGGACGGAUAAAUGGAGUCGUUUUGAGCCAGAGGCGAGAAUGAACAGGCCAAUCAGCACACGGCUCCGGCUCUCAGCACUCAAGAGCUUUGAUAGCCUAAUUGAGGCGUAAAUCUUCUUUAUCAGGCUCUGAUAGAGAGAACGAGAGAGAGAGAGUGAGAGAGAGUGAGAGAGAGAGAGGGUUUUUGCAGUGGAUUGGAAUGGAGAGGUGGUUAGAAAGCCUGAGAUGAGGGAACGCUGGAAACACUCCGGCAUCAGGAGGAGAGAUGAGAGAAGUAAAGCACAUUAAACACUGAAGAGCGCAGAAGAUACGAGCUGAAGGCAUGAGGACGUGUGAAUAAAAAUCAUGUACAGACUUGCUCAGGUGUUAACAAGCGACUGGAAGAAAGAGGAAAAUUCCAGAGAGAGAGAGAGAGGGAGAGAGAAAGAAAGAGAGUGAGAGAGUGAGAGAGAGAAGGCCACUUGGUGAUGAAUUCUCACCAGCGUACUGAAUCCGAGCCGUACACCACAGCGCAAAUUAAAUCCACUUCCUGCCGAGCAGCUCGACUAACCCCAGCUUCACACCACGCCAUCACUAAUCCCCCUCACUUCCCUCUCCAUUAGCCGCUUCUCAAUUAACUCCAUCGGCGAGCCGAGUGAAGCUGCUGUGAUCUCACGCUCGCUGCUAUUGUACACCGUGACAUUCAUCGCCUUUGCGCUGAGAGAGAUAUCGAGCUGAGUUCUCGACUCUAUCACAGCUCUCAAAGCCGAAGAAUAGACCACGACUUAUUCACUCUCGGCUUCUGCUCACAUGCGGAUUGAGCGAUUGAUCCGCGCUUUUCAGAUGUUUGAGAACAUUCGGAAUUUCAGCCCGGAUCCCAGAGGGUCCUUCAGUUAGAGCUAAUAACAUUUAGGACUUAACACUUAAUCUGUAGCGAUGAUACACAAAACACACAAACGCUUUUGCUUUUUAUUUUACGUUUCAUUACAACUUCAGUGCAAAAGUUUGCGCACCCUUAAUCACAAAAUAAAGAGUUGUUUGGAGAUUCCUUCAUUAUCACACCAGUUAAAUAGUCUAUGUUAAGAUAUUAAAAUAAACAAGCAAAUUAAUUUUAAAAGUUUGUGCUCCCUUUCUGAAUGUGCUGUACUGUAAUUAUUCUCGAAUAACCUGUGUGUCCACUCUUUACCUUCAUAACCUCCAACCUCAGUCACAUCCUCCGAUCCACUUUUAACAUUUUGGAAUUCUAUUUUAUUUGGAAAUAAUUUGUUAAAUAGAGGUAUAGUUAAUAUUUAUCACCCAGAACCAGUGCUGGUUGCAAUGCAAACCUUAACUCCUCAGCUGUGUAGUUUCAGUAACAAAGAAAAUAAACAACAAAAAGAGAUUAAGAAACUUAAAAUAUUAAAUUCAUGUAAACUCAAACUUGUUAAGCUUUUCAGACAAAGUAUGACAUUUUCAGGACCUGUGGACGCCUUGGACACAAUACUGCACGUUCUCACCUCGUGCUGAUUCUCAGUUACAUAAACAAGCUCGUGAAGAAAAAACUCUCGCUGGUUUAAUUUCACUAACAGAUAUAACACGUAAAAACACCAGCUAUCUCUCGUCAGUGCAGAGAGAAAGUGACAUACAGGAAAGUGCUUUUGAGGAGAAGUUACAGAAAGUUUCUACAUGUCACCUCUUCCCUGCAGAAGAACCGUAUUCCUGAGGAAGCGUACUGGUGCGGAGGAUUAACACCUCACACUGGCACAUUCACAGCGAGCGAGCUUCCAUCAGUGGGUGUGUGUGGAGGCGGUGUUUUCAGGAGGCUGCAUUUAAAUCUUACUUUAUAUAAUGAUUUCUUGUUUUUGUCUGGAAAAUAGUUUUCCUGAAGUAGCACAUGAUGGAGCUCUGACGCUGUAGUGUUUUUUUUUUGGGAAUUCUGGAUGAGUAUCAGAGCUCCAGAGCGUCAAGAAGAAAAAACAAACCUGUAAAUAACGUACUGAAUAUUGUGUUCUUGUGUUACGCCGUGUGUUUGUUCUUCAUCGUCGUCUUGUUUUCACAGAUUCAGUCUCUUGAGCAGGAGAGCAAAUAUUUGAGCUUCACCUCAGGCUCAGGAAUCAUACGAUAACUUUCUCCACAUUCUCCAAGUUUUCUCUGAUAUUUUUUUCAGAAAUUUGAUUUCCUAUUCCAAAGAACAGGACAAGUACAUAACAGACAAUGAGCUAGAUCUGUGAAUUUUGUAUUCUGUAAAAAAUUCUGUAAUGGAUGUUUUUUACUGAGCUCGAAUUCUAGGUGUCAUUUUCGUUGUUGCGUUGGGGUCGGGGUCGCUCCAGGUUUAUUACGAUGUUGUAUAAGUGAUGUGGACGGCUUCAACGAGCUGCUCCACGGCUUUUUUUUUUUCCACAGAGUUGAGAUUAGAGGAAAAAAAACAAAGAAAGUUAUAUUUGCAUGACUUGCUGUAUUUUCCAAGAGAAGAAUUAAAUCAUUGUGUAUAUUGAAUGGAUGUGUGUUGAAAACAAAACAAUUAGGAAUCGAAAUAUUCGUCGGAAUUUUAAUCUAAGUUUGAAGGUUUAGGUUUAGAUUUGUUUUUAUAUCUCUGAUGUGUACUGAUGAACUCAUUCCAACUCCAUUCUGUCUCUGUAGCCAUCAUGAAUGCUCACUGAAAGAGGUUUGAGGGAAAAUUCCUACAGGUGAUGCUGUGGAAAAGCUUUGGAAUCAAGCAGGAACGCCGAACUGCUUUUAUCUGUAAAACACUGGAUAUCGGAUUCUCCUGGAAAAUAUUCCCUGAGGAUCAAUAAUUUAUUUUUCUGCCAUUUAGUGCCAAAGCAACAUGUUCUUCAGUCCACUGUAAUCAUUGCAUUUCCCUUCACACACACACACACACACACACACACACACACACGUACCAUGAGAGUUAACAGUUAUUUUUAUCCAUUUCAAAUGUCAACACCUUCACUUUUGGCUCUUGAUCAGUACAUCAGUGUGUGUGGCACGUCCACUACAUUAACCUUGAAGCUAACCUCACACACACACACACACACACACACACACACACACACAGCUCAUCAGAUCUAUGCUAAAGCCUGCAGGCAGCGUGUCGGUAUUCCGAGCACAUUGUCCAUGUUAGCUGUGGACACGAGUUUGCUUCAGAGGAUCUGAAUUCAUGGACCUCCAUCUCCAGGGGGUUCUGCGGUUCUGCAGUUCUGCAGUUCUGAGGUUCUGCGGUUCUGCAGUUCUGAGGUUCUGCAGUUCUGAGGUUCUGUGGUUCUGCAGAGUCAAUCAUUUGGUUUUGGGCUGAGAAAUCACAUGAAGCCAAGCAAAUAACUGUGAGUGUGUACAACUGAUAAAUGAUUCAGCGGAUAAUUCUGAUUAUUUAGUUGUAUUCUGGUUCUUUGAUUUUUUUUUAAAUUUUAUUUUACUUGCAUGUCCUCGAGGCAACUGAACAGAAUAAAACUACUGAACAGUUUAUUUUCAGGAAGAGAAAAUGUGUGUUUAUGAAAAACAGAACUCAAGUAUAAAGAGGGAACAAAAUCGGACAGGGCCUUAAAUUGGACCUUGAGGUACUCCAGAGAACAUUACGGGUCGGAACCUGAACCAUUUCGAUCGCUAAAAAACACAGCAGCGUAUUGUUGUUUAUCACUGCGGGACCAUCAGGAGUAUGUCCUCAUGAAGACCAUUAAACAUAUUUAAGGAACAUAAUUAAACCUUAAGGACCAUAAUGACACUCACGUUCCCAGUCACGUGUCGUGUUACAUGUCAGUGCUGUUUUCUCUAAGAUUUAAUGAUAAAUUUAUAAAACCUCACAGGUUUAUUUAAAUAAAACAUUUAUAACUUCCUGUAUCUGAAAGGAAACGUAUGUUCUUCAGCGUGCAGCUCUCCGUCCCACUCACCAUUUACACACCAGGAUAAUAAAUCUGUGUUUUUCUAUAAAUAUGCCAAGAACAGAUCCUUAAUAACGACUUCCUUUUACUUUUUAUACCUUUAACGAUGUGCUGUAAUUCAUCCUGAAAGUGUGAACCAAAGCUUUUCCAUGGCAACACGUGGAACCGUUCCAACUGUACGAAGCCGUUUAUAUUUUAAUCUACAGUGACGUUUCUACAAGAGCCAACGUUCGACAUGAAAGCUGACAGAACUGAAAGUGACUCCUAAUGACGGUCCUAACGAGUCUCAUUAACAGUUCAUUCUUUCACAUCAACUCUGUACAUUUAUUUUCUUCUUCUUUCUUUAAAUUGCAGUGAUUCUCAGAAAGAACUCUGGGUUUGAUGAGAGAAAAACUCUCUGAAACUGCGUUACUUCCACACCGUAUAUCUUUUACUGUUACUGACAUUUAACAUUUUUCCCUCACAACUUCUGUACAAAAGAUCUAUUUCUAUAUUUGCAAUAAAUUUGUAAUUAAAGGAGAACAACUCGACUGAUGUGAA